AUGCUCAAGUGGGCUGUAACACCACGUCUAAACGGAGAUUUUGUAGAACAAGCUGGUCUUCAAAAUAGUGAUAGUUAUGAAAUACUAACACUUCCAGCUAUUGUUGAACAACAUCAAUUACCAUGUCUUGUUCGACUUCUUAAUGAUGACAUAAAUCAUUCCAUUGAUAAUUAUUGUCUUCUACUUUGUGAAACAAACGAUCCAUAUUUAAUUGUUUCCAAUGAAACUGAACGAUUUUCUAUUCCAAUUUCAUUUGAUGGACUCUUUGCUUCAGUCGAACGUGGUGUUACUCGUUAUAAUAUUAUUCAAUCUGUUCGUUCUCUACAAUCACAUUUAAAAACUCCAUCACCAUCACAAUCAUCAUCCUCAUCAUCCUCAUCAUCAUCUGAAUUUUCACAUUUCACAACAUUACAGCCAUAUAUGGCAUAUAGCAAUGCAGGUCUUCAUCCUAUACAUCCAGGUACACUUCUCGAACCAUGCUCUAAGCCAAUUAUAUCAUCUCCUUCUCCAUCGCCUUCACCAACAUCAUCAAAUCGUUUACGUACAUUAUUUGCUAAUUUUCCACGUUCACUUAAUAAACAUUUACUACCUAAUUAUCAACAACCACGUUCCAUUAAAAAUCAAUCAUUAUCAAAUGCUUAUUUUGAGGUUAAAUCUAAUCAAUACGAUGAAAAUUUCAAUUUAAAAUUAGACUCAAAUGGUAUUUUUGUUCCUGUAUAUACACAACUAUCAUCAAUUAAUCCUCAUAAUCAAUCAUCAUUUCCAUCUUAUUUAUCAUCAUUUCCAUCGAAUAGAAUUCAAGGUUUAUAUACUACUGAUUUAUUAAGUCAAUUAAUUAACCAAUAUCCACUUAUAGUCGAACUAGUUGUAAGUCGUACAUUAGAGGAAAACAGUCCAACAUCAGCUGGAUACCCAUUUCGACGUAUAACAUUACAUCGUCUUGCUGAAAAACAUACACGUAUUAUUGUCUUUGAUAUGAAAAACUAUGCAUUUGUUGAAAUCGAUACAACAGAUUCAAUUGAUAUGUAUGCUAUUGAACACGAUAAUACAUUAUUUCAACGUUAUCAAGCACAAUUACGUUGGUGUCAUCAACAUUUAUCAGCAUUUCGUUCACAAAUAAAAACAAUUGUUCAUUCAUCAAAUGGUACAGCUAUGUUUAUUCAAGCAACACCAUUUUAUGGACAACAACUUCAACAAUAUCAUCAUCGACGAAAUUCAUCAUCAAUCAUAUCUUCACCACUUGCUAAACAUAUGCCACAAACAAUUUUUACAUCACAAGAAUCCUUAUCAUCAAGUCGUUUACGUGCUCAUACGCCAAUAUCAUCGAAAUUUUAUACAACAUCAAAUCAUUCGAAAUAUGCAGACAAACAACGACAGAAAGGAAAAACAAUUGGUUCAAGUGGAGCAGUAAGAAAAGAUGUACGAUUUUAUUUUGAUGAUCCAACUAUUCAAAAACAUAUUCAAGAUGAAAAGAAAUUUUUUAAUAAAAGACAUUCAAGUUAUGGAUCAAAUAGUACAGCAAGUGAUAGUAUUGAUGGCGAUGAAGAAAAUGACAAUUCAUUUCAAUGUACAGCAUUAUAA